CAUCAACAACAAGUAAAAUUGUAAAAAAAAUAAAUUCGUUUUACAAAUUCCGUGAGAUAGGUGUGGCACAACAUUUCUUAUUAGAAAAUUAGAUUUUACAAGUACAGAAUUGACCGAAACAACUUAAAUUAAGGAAGGAUCAGUGGUAAGAACGAUAUUUACACUGAAGAUAUUGCAAUUUCCUAUGUUUCGGCAUCGACAACGAAGGCGGGGUCUCUACUAUACAAGUAAAUAACAAACAAAAAUCAUGUACGGACGAAAAACCCCAUCGACUUAUCGUUCCACACCGUCAGUUUAUUCACACUAUACGGGAAGGUCAUCAACCAACCUUCGCUCAUCGAAAUCUGUGAAGUCGUUACGUCUACCAUGGUAUAUGAAACCUAUUUUACACGAUGCAUUUCUUCUCGACCUUCAGAGAGGCUCCUUGCUCACUGGUUUUGUUUCAAUUUUCAUAGCCCUCUUCACAUUUGCUCAGAGCAUAUUUGACUUGUAUUGUCUGGGCAUGGCAGCACCAGGAGCAGUACAUUAUGGAUAUUAUGUAUUUAGUUUCCAAUUUGUAUAUGUCGGGAGCGCCCCUGUCCGCAAUGUAUUAAUUGUAUUUUCAUUGUUUUCCUGGAUUGGAUCUGUGGCUGUACUUAUAACAAGUAUUUUGCUAAUUGUAGCCUUAAGAAAAGAAUAUGAGAAGAAGAUAGUGCCAUGGUUGUACACAUUUGGUGUGUUUAUACUGUUCCGUACAGUUGCAUUCAUAUUUGCUGCAAUAGUCAAUGAUAUGAUAUUCUCGUACAAUGUCCUGAUGUGCCUCUGCUGGGUCGUUUUCUGUGUUGUGGGAGUGUACGGCUGGCUGCUCGUCUAUAGUCUUUAUUUAGAAUUGGCUGAUUUGACCAAGUUGGAAGAUUUGGCUCAUUUGAGGAUGGGCACGAUGGCGUCAUUGAACGCAUCAUUAGCAGGCUCUAGACCCACGACACCGCACAGCACGGUGUCCACCAUGCCAGCAUCUCAGAUAUGAUGCGAGGAGCCUGACAGCCAACAGGCUGAGGAGGCACAGCCUCUCACAUCGGAUGGUGGGUUUGAGACACCAGUGUAACACUGAAAUUUUAACUGUAUAUAUACAUUGCAUAUUCUGUAAUCCUGUAUUGCCAUCCCUCUUAUGACUUGUAUUGGAAUAUAUUAAUCCCUCAAAAUCUCUUUGA